GUUUCAUUAAGGUUUUCUAUAUACAUAAGAUCCUGUCAAGACACCCUCAGACCACAGGGCGCUGCCAAGAGCCCGGCCGAGUGCAGCUCGAGCGCCGACGUCGCCAAGGAUACACAGCGCUGACGCAGAACGCAAGUUCGUCACAGUGGUUCUCCGCCGGCUACACCGCUGCGUCAGUGGCUUGUUGGCGCUUUCGUCUUGGAAGUGGCGACUGCCGCGGGGCUGAGCGCUGUUCUCACGCGUCUCGGGAGCCAGGUUGGUGGCGCGAUGAGGCGCAGCAAGGCCGAUGUGGAGCGGUACGUCGCCUCGGUGCAGGGCCCCGCCCCGUCGACUCCAGAGAAGUCAAUGAGAGGAUUCUAUUUUGCAAAGCUGCAUUAUGAAGCUAAAGAAUAUGAUCUUGCUAAAAAAUACAUAUGUACUUACAUUAAUGUGCAAGAGAGGGAUCCCAGAGCUCACAGAUUUCUGGGUCUUCUUUAUGAAUUGGAAGAAAACACAGAGAAAGCUGUUGAAUGUUACAGGCGUUCAGUGGAAUUAAACCCAACACAAAAAGAUCUUGUGUUGAAGAUUGCAGAAUUGCUUUGUAAAAAUGAUGUUACUGAUGGAAGAGCAAAAUACUGGGUUGAAAGAACAGCCAAACUUUUCCCAGGAAGUCCUGCAAUUUAUAAACUAAAGGAACAGCUUCUAGAUUGUGAAGGUGAAGAUGGACGGAAUAAACUUUUUGACUUGAUUCAGUCAGAACUUUAUGUAAGACCUGAUGACGUCCAUGUGAACAUCCGGCUAGUGGAGUUGUAUCGCUCAAAUAAAAGAUUGAAGGAUGCUGUGGCCCGCUGCCGUGAGGCAGAGAGGAACAUAGCUUUGCGUUCAAGUUUAGAGUGGAAUUCGUGUGUUGUACAGACCCUUAAGGAAUAUCUGGAGUCUUUACAGUGUUUGGAGUCUGAUAAAAGUGACUGGCGAGCAACCAAUACAGACUUACUACUGGCCUAUGCUAAUCUUAUGCUUCUUAAGCUUUCCACUAGAGAUGUGCAGGAAAGUAGAGAAUUACUGGAAAGUUUUGAUAGUGCUCUUCAGUCUGCGAAAUCUUCUUUGGGUGGAAAUGAUGAACUGUCAGCUACUUUCUUAGAAAUGAAAGGACAUUUCUACAUGCAUGCUGGUUCUCUGCUCUUGAAGAUGGGUCAGCAUGGUAAUAAUGUUCAAUGGCGAGCUCUUUCUGAGCUGGCUGCAUUGUGCUAUCUCAUAGCAUUUCAGGUUCCAAGACCAAAGAUUAAAUUAAUAAAAGGUGAAGCUGGACAAAAUCUGCUGGAAAUGAUGGCCUGUGACCGACUGAGCCAAUCAGGGCACAUGUUGCUAAACUUAAGUCGUGGCAAGCAAGAUUUUUUAAAAGAGGUUGUUGAAACUUUUGCCAACAAAAGCGGGCAGUCUGCGUUAUAUGAUGCUCUGUUUUCUAGUCAGUCACCUAAGGAUACAUCUUUUCUUGGUAGCGAUGAUGUUGGAAAUAUUGAUGUACAAGAACCAGAGCUUGAAGAUUUGACUAGAUACGAUGUUGGUGCUAUUCAAGCACAUAAUGGUAGUCUUCAGCACCUUACUUGGCUUGGCUUACAGUGGAAUUCAUUGCCUGCUUUACCUGGAAUCCGAAAAUGGCUAAAACAGCUUUUCCAUCAUUUGCCCCAGGAAACCUCAAGGCUUGAAACAAAUGCACCUGAAUCAAUAUGUAUUUUAGAUCUUGAAGUAUUUCUCCUUGGAGUAGUAUAUACCAGCCACUUACAAUUAAAGGAGAAAUGUAAUUCUCACCACAGCUCCUAUCAGCCGUUAUGCCUGCCCCUUCCUGUGUGUAAACAGCUUUGUACAGAGAGACAAAAAUCUUGGUGGGAUGCGGUUUGUACUCUGAUUCACAGAAAAGCAGUACCUGGAAACUCAGCAGAAUUGAGACUUGUAGUUCAGCAUGAAAUAAACACUCUAAGAGCCCAGGAAAAACAUGGCCUUCAACCUGCUCUGCUUAUACAUUGGGCAAAAUGCCUUCAGAAAAUGGGCAGCGGUCUUAAUUCUUUUUAUGAUCAACAAGAAUACAUAGGGAGAAGUGUUCAUUACUGGAAGAAAGUUUUGCCAUUGUUGAAGAUAAUAAAGAAGAACAGUAUUCCUGAACCUAUUGAUCCUCUGUUUAAACAUUUUCAUAGUGUAGACAUUCAGGCAUCAGAAAUUGUUGAAUAUGAAGAAGACGCACACAUAACUUUUGCUAUAUUGGAUGCAGUACAUGGAAAUAUAGAAGAUGCUGUGACUGCUUUUGAAUCUAUCAAAAGUGUUGUUUCUUAUUGGAAUCUUGCACUGAUUUUUCACAGGAAGGCAGAAGACAUUGAAAAUGAUGCCGUUUUUCCUGAAGAACAAGAAGAAUGCAAAAAUUAUCUGAGAAAGACCAGGGACUACCUAAUAAAGAUUAUAGAUGACAGUGAUUCAAAUCUUUCAGUGGUCAAGAAAUUGCCUGUGCCUCUGGAGUCUGUAAAAGAGAUGCUUAAGUCAGUCAUGGAGGAACUCAAAGCCUAUAGUGAAGGAGGUCCUCUCUAUAAAAAUGGUUCUUUGCGAAAUGCAGAUUCAGAAAUAAAACAUUCUACACUGUCUCCUACCAAAUAUUCACUAUCACCAAGUAAAAGUUACAAGUAUUCUCCCAAAACACCACCUCGAUCGUCAGAAGAUCAGAAUUCUUUACUGAAAAUGAUUUGCCAAGAAGUAAAGGCCGUUACGAAAGAAAUGCAGGAGUUGAAACUAAAUAGCAGUAAGUCAGCAUCCCGUCAUCGUUGGCCCACAGAGAAUUAUGGACCAGACUCGGUGCCUGAUGGAUAUCAGGGGUCACAGACAUUUCAUGGGGCUCCACUAACAGUUGCAACUACUGGCCCUUCAGUAUAUUAUAGUCAGUCACCAGCAUAUAAUUCCCAGUAUCUUCUCAGACCAGCAGCUAAUGUUACUCCCACAAAGGGUUCUUCUAAUACAGAAUUUAAGUCAACCAAAGAAGGAUUUUCCAUCCCUGUGUCUGCUGAUGGAUUUAAAUUUGGCAUUUCGGAACCAGGAAAUCAAGAAAAGAAAAGUGAAAAGCCUCUUGAAAAUGAUACUGGCUUCCAGGCUCAGGAUAUUAGUGGCCAGAAGAAUGGCUGUGGUGUGAUUUUUGGCCAAACAAGUAGCACUUUUACAUUUGCAGAUCUUGCAAAAUCAACUUCAGGAGAAGGAUUUCAGUUUGGCAAAAAAGACCCCAAUUUCAAGGGAUUUUCAGGUGCUGGAGAAAAAUUAGUCUCAUCACAAUACGGUAAAAUGGCCAAUAAAGCAAACACUUCUGGUGACUUUGAGAAAGAUGAUGAUGCCUAUAAGACUGAGGACAGCGAUGACAUCCAUUUUGAACCAGUAGUUCAAAUGCCUGAAAAAGUAGAACUUGUAACAGGAGAAGAAGAUGGAAAAGUUCUGUAUUCACAGGGGGUAAAACUAUUUAGAUUUGAUGCUGAGAUAAGUCAGUGGAAAGAAAGGGGCUUGGGGAACUUAAAAAUUCUCAAAAAUGAGGUCAAUGGCAAACCAAGAAUGCUGAUGCGAAGAGACCAAGUACUAAAAGUGUGUGCUAAUCAUUGGAUAACGACUACAAUGAACCUGAAGCCUCUCUCUGGAUCAGAUAGAGCGUGGAUAUGGUCAGCCAGUGAUUUCUCUGAUGGUGAUGCCAAACUAGAGCACUUGGCAGCAAAAUUUAAAACCCCAGAGCUGGCUGAAGAAUUCAAGCAGAAAUUUGAGGAAUGCCAGCGGCUUCUGUUAGACAUACCACUUCAAACUCCCCAUAAACUUGUAGAUACUGGCAGAGCUGCCAAGUUAAUACAGAGAGCUGAAGAAAUGAAGAGUGGACUGAAAGAUUUCAAAACAUUUUUGACAAAUGAUCAAACAAAAGUCACUGAGGAAGAAAAUAAGGGUUCAGGUACAGGUGCAGCUGGUGCCUCAGACACAACAAUAAAACCCAAUCCUGAAAACACUGGGCCCACAUUAGAAUGGGAUAACUAUGAUUUAAGGAAAGAUGCUUUGGAUGAUAGUGUUAGAAGUGGCUCAGUACAUGAUUCUCCAUUGGCAAGUAGCCCUGUGAGAAAAAAUAUUUUCCGCUUUGGUGAGUCAACAACAGGAUUUAACUUCAGUUUUAAAUCUGCUUUGAGUCUAUCUAAGUCUCCUGCCAAGUUGAAUCAGAGUGGGACUUCAGUUGGCACUGAUGAAGAAUCUGAUGUUACUCAAGAAGAAGAGAGAGAUGGACAGUACUUUGGACCUGUUGUUCGUUUACCUGAUCUAGUUGAGAUAUCCAGUGGUGAGGAGAAUGAACAAGUUGUUUUUAGUCACAGGGCAGAACUUUACAGAUACGAUAAAGAUGUUGGUCAAUGGAAAGAAAGGGGCAUUGGUGAUAUAAAGAUUUUACAGAAUUAUGAUAAUAAGCAAGUUCGUAUAGUGAUGAGAAGGGACCAAGUAUUAAAACUUUGUGCCAAUCACAGAAUAACUCCAGACAUGACUUUGCAAAAUAUGAAAGGGACAGAAAGAGUAUGGAUGUGGACUGCAUGUGAUUUUGCAGAUGGAGAAAGAAAAGUAGAGCAUUUAGCUGUUCGUUUUAAACUACAGGAUGUUGCAGACACGUUUAAGAAAAUUUUUGAUGAAGCAAAAACAGCCCAGGAAAAAGAUUCUUUGAUAACACCUCAUGUUUCUCAGUCAAGCACUCCCAGAGAGUCACCAUGUGGCAAAAUUGCUGUAGCUGUAUUAGAAGAAACCACAAGAGAGAGGACAGAUGUUACUCAGGGUGAUGAUGUAGCAGAUGCAACUUCAGAAGUUGAAGUGUCUAGCACAUCUGAAACAACAACAAAAGCAGUGAUUUCUCCUCCAAAGUUUGUAUUUGGUUCAGAGUCUGUUAAAAGCAUUUUUAGUAGUGAAAAAUCAAAACCAUUUGCAUUUGGCAACAGUUCUGCCACUGGGUCUUUGUUUGGAUUUAGUUUUAAUGCACCUUUGAAAAUUAACAAUAGUGAAACUAGUUCAGUAGCCCAGAGUGGAUCUGAAAGCACAGUGGAACCUGACAAAUGUGAACUGUCAAAGAACUCUGAUAUCGAACAGUCUUCAGAGAGCAAAGUCAAAAAUCUCUUUGCUUCCUUUCCAACGGAAGAAUCUUCAAUCAACUACACAUUUAAAACACCAGAAAAGGGAUUUAAUUUUAGCCUUUUUAAAUCUAAUCCCAUGGACUUUUGGACUAGCACCCCUUCCUCACAGCCUGAGAGCAAAGCAAAAGAGAAGAAAAAACCUGAAGAUUCUCCGUCAGAUGAUGAUGUUCUCAUUGUAUAUGAACUAACUCCAACCGCUGAGCAGAAAGCCCUUGCAACCAAACUUAAACUUCCUCCAACUUUCUUCUGCUACAAGAAUAGACCAGAUUAUGUUAGUAAAGAAGAGGAGGAUGAUGAAGAUUUCAAAACAGCUGUCAAGAAACUUAAUGGAAAACUAUAUUUGGAUGGCUCAGAAAAAUGUAGACCCUUGGAAGAAAAUACAGCAGAUAAUGAGAAAGAAUGUAUUAUUGUUUGGGAAAAGAAACCAACAGUUGAAGAGAAGGCAAAAGCAGAUACGUUAAAACUUCCACCUACAUUUUUUUGUGGAGUCUGUAGUGAUACUGAUGAAGACAAUGGAAAUGGGGAAGACUUUCAAUCAGAGCUUCAAAAAGUUCAGGAAGCUCAAAAAUCUCAGACAGAAGAAAUAACUAGCACAACUGACAGUGUAUAUACAGGUGGGACUGAAGUGAUGGUACCUUCUUUCUGUAAAUCUGAAGAACCUGAUUCUAUUACCAAAUCCAUUAGUUCACCAUCUGUUUCCUCUGAAACUAUGGACAAACCUAUAGAUUUGUCAACUAGAAAGGAAAUUGAAACAGAUUCUACAAGCCAAGAUAAAAAUUUCCAAUGGGCAAAUACUGGAGCAGCUGUGUUUGGAACACAGUCAGUCGGAACCCAGUCAGCCGGUAAAGUUGGUGAAGAUGAAGAUGGUAGUGAUGAAGAAGUAGUUCAUAAUGAAGAUAUCCAUUUUGAACCAAUAGUGUCACUACCAGAGGUAGAAGUAAAAUCUGGAGAAGAAGAUGAAGAAAUUUUGUUUAAAGAGAGAGCCAAACUUUAUAGAUGGGAUCGGGAUGUCAGUCAGUGGAAGGAGCGUGGUGUUGGAGAUAUAAAGAUUCUUUGGCAUACAAUGAAGAAUUAUUACCGGAUCCUAAUGAGAAGAGACCAGGUUUUUAAAGUGUGUGCAAACCACUUUAUUACUAAAACAAUGGAAUUAAAGCCCUUAAAUGUUUCAAAUAAUGCUUUAGUUUGGAUUGCCUCAGAUUAUGCUGAUGGAGAAGCAAAAGUAGAACAGCUUGCAGUGAGAUUUAAAACUAAAGAAGUAGCUGAUUGUUUCAAGAAAACAUUUGAAGAAUGUCAGCAGAAUUUAAUGAAACUCCAGAAAGGACAUGUAUCACUGGCAGCAGAAUUAUCAAAGGAGACCAAUCCUGUGGUGUUUUUUGAUGUUUGUGCGGACGGUGAACCUCUAGGGCGGAUAACUAUGGAAUUAUUUUCAAACAUUGUUCCUCGGACUGCUGAGAACUUCAGAGCACUAUGCACUGGAGAGAAAGGCUUUGGUUUCAAGAAUUCCAUUUUUCACAGAGUAAUUCCAGAUUUUGUUUGCCAAGGAGGAGAUAUCACCAAACAUGAUGGAACAGGCAGACAGUCCAUUUAUGGAGACAAAUUUGAAGAUGAAAAUUUUGAUGUGAAACAUACUGGUCCUGGUUUACUAUCCAUGGCCAAUCAAGGCCAGAAUACCAAUAAUUCUCAAUUUUUUAUAACACUGAAGAAAGCAGAACAUUUGGACUUUAAGCAUGUAGUAUUUGGGUUUGUUAAGGAUGGCAUGGAUACUGUGAAAAAGAUUGAAUCAUUUGGUUCUCCCGAAGGGUCUGUUUGUCGAAGAAUAACUAUCACAGAAUGUGGACAGAUAUGAAAUCAUUGUUUUUCAUAGAAAAUUUCAUCUGUAUAAGCAGUUGGAUUGAAGCUUAGCUAUUACAAUUUGAUAGUUAUGUUCAGCUUUUGAAAAUGGACGUUUCCGAUGUACAAAUGUAAAAUUGCAGCUUAUAGCUGUUGUCACUUUUUAAUGUGUUAUAAUUGACCUUGCAUGGUGUGAAAUAAAAGUUUAAACACUGGUA